AAUUUUGUUGACAACAGUAGCAAAGUUUGCCACUCAUUACGAAUUUACGAGUAGUCCCUACAAGUCUCCACUCCACUUCAUAUUUUACUCGUUAUCUUCCUGCAAAGUGCAUAUUGAACACCACAUCCAACUAGCUCUCACCUUGUCCAUCAAUGGCGUCUUCAGAAUACACCUUAUCAGUGGUAGAGAAACUUCGAGAAGCCAAGAAAAAAUCCAAUAAAUCUUACAGCCAAAUCGCUACCGAAACUGGUCUCACCAACGUCUACGUAGCCCAGCUUCUUCGUCGCCAAGCCCAAUUGAAGCCCGACACUGCUCACAAGCUCCGGGCUGCCCUACCCGAACUCACCGAUGAACAUAUUGAGCAUAUGAUGAGUCCUCCUUUUCGAUCAUACGAUCCUGAUUUGAUCCAAGAACCCGCCAUUUAUCGAUUGCAUGAAGCAACCAUGCAUUUUGGUGAGAGCAUUAAAGAAAUCAUCAACGAGGAGUUUGGUGAUGGCAUCAUGUCGGCCAUAGAUUUCUACUGCUCGGUUGAUAAGGUCAAAGGUGCAGAUGGAAAGGACAGGGUUGUGGUUACUUUUGAUGGGAAGUAUUUGCCAUACACGGAACAGAAGUCUGAGCACAUGCUAUCAAGACCGAGGGAUUGAUGAAAAUGAAGAGUGUUCUGUUCGUACAAACUUCUUCUGUUGUCUGUCAUUUAUUUGAUGUAAAUGAAGCCAUAUGCUAUCAAGAAAUUGCAACUUCUGCGAGGGGCGGAGGGCUCAUAUAGUCAUAUGUUGUAGCAAAAAAAAACACAUUUGUAUGUUGUACUAAUAUUUGUUUAAGAAAUAAACCAGCUUUUUAGCAUUUGCAAUGUAGUGUAUUGUUUUUAAA